AUGCAAUUCCUCAGCGCGUUGCGGGGCAAAUCCACGGGGCCGAAGCCAAAGAUGCAGUCGGCCCGGGCAGAGAAGAGAGAUGACCGCGAUGCCGCGGGGCAACAGCAGCAGAUCCAGCGGCUGGAGGUUGAGGUGGCGCAGGCUUCAGAAGCCCUGGCUGCCGCGCGCGGCGGGGCCCAGGAGGCCCGCGCGCAGGACCAGCGCUGGCAGCAGGAGCUGGCCCGAGCCAAGGAAGAUGAGGCUCGCGCCCUGCAGAGCGAGCUCGCCGCGCAAGCCAGGGAGGCGGCGAAGGAGGAGCAGCUGCAAGCGAAGGCUGCGGCGGCCCGUGGCCGGCGCGACGAGCUGGCCCAGCGCGCUGCCCGUCUUCAGGAGGAGGUCAGACAGCUGCCGGACCUCCGGACCUCGGAGCAGCGCGCGGCGGAGCUGCGCCUGGAGAAGAGCCAACUUGAGGAGCGAGCCCAGGAGAAGCAGCGAGAGGAGGCCCUUUUGGCCGCCGCUUGUCGGCAGCUGUGGGAGGACGAGGCGAUCCGAGCGGAGGAGCUGCGCAGCUCUGAACUGGGAGCUGAGGCAUCUUCCGGCAGCUCCAGCGAUCAGAGCGAGGCCCCGGAAGGUGCCAUCGAUUACGAUCGCCUGCGGGAGGUGUGGCACCUGGAAGCGGAAGUGCGCAGUGCCAAAGAGGAGGUGCAGCGAUUGCGGGCCGAGGCGCGACCGCCAGCCCCCAGGCAAGCGAGGAGGCCGUCCUUGCCGCGCGCUUCCGACGCUUCUCUGCAUCCGGCCGAGGUCUUGGACAGCCCGCCGAGCCCCAGGCAGCUGACAUCGCAGCUGGCGCUGGCGGAGCGGCGGCCCAGCAUCGCUGCAUCCUCCGGAAGUGUCCGCCCAAGUUCCGAGCGGCGCUCGGUUCUGACGGAGCCUCCGCCGGCAGGUCUUUUCGCCGGCAGCUCGCAACUGGACGCGGUGCUGCAGGAAUCCAAGACGCGGCUCCGCACAACUUUGCAGCAGCAGUGGCACAGCUCGCAAGAGAUGCUGCAGUCGCUGCGCUGGGGGAUCGCUGAGGCUGAAGAACAGCUUCGGGCGGAGCAGCAGAAGCGCCCCUUGGCCUCGGAGGCAGUUGCAUCAUCCAUAAGUGCUCACCUUGCCCCGGUAUCCAAGACUUUGCUGGACUUGAAGCAGGGACAGAUGGCAAAUUCGGAAAAGAUGCAGGGCAUGGAAGAGAAGACUGAGAAGAUGUGGGCAGAGAUGCAGGCGGUCCUCAACUUUCAAGGUAGUAUUCUCACAUCCGAGAAGCGCCGCAAGCAGAUCGAAUUCAGGGAUGCUUUGAAGGUGGUGCGCAGAUGCUGGGACGGGAAGGUGGCCACGCAGGAGAGCGGUCUCAAGGGAGUGAUGGCUCGACUGUGGGGCAGCCGACUGACCUCAAAUGCCAGGCGGUCUGCGAAGCCCGGCGAGUGGCUAAGAAUGCAUGGCAGCAAAUCUUGGUUCGCCAAGCUGCGGGUGGAAAUUGGCAAGCGCGAAGGACUCAAGUUGUGGCAGAAGUCGAGCAGCAUUGUCGGCAUGGAUGGAAUUUUGUCUCUUCCAGAGUUCCUCAACACCACUGGGCUCCUUGUCGGGUGGGUGAUUCUGCUGCCCAAGGCAGCUCUUGUCAAGAACGCCACGCUCUUGAGCUGCGUACUUGAAGCUGGCAAUUUGAAGUUGGCGCAGGAGGCAAUGUUUGUGGGAACCAAGUUGAAGCUCUCUGCUGACGAUGACCACCAGGUUGACAGAAGUUCGAAGUUGAAGAUGUUCUCUUCGUUGGUGACGGCGUCUAUUCCGUGGCUCCUGUGCAUUUUGCGGCCUACGCGGCCCACUUUCCACAAGCUGCUGAGUUGGCUGCUUCGCGUCACGGUUCACUGGUGGAGGGAUGUGCAGGGCCUCUUCAAUGGCGGGGAGAUUUGGCUUGCAGUGUGCUGGGAGGAGCAUGUGGUGGUUGCGCGUCUGAGCAGAACUUGCGGGUGGGAGCAGUGGACUGCUGGGCAGUUGGCGCAUGCCCGUCUCAGCCUCGCCGAGUACCCCAGUCGUAAGGUCUGCUCAAUCACCAUCUGGAGCUUCACUUUGACCAUGUCGCAGGAGCCGCACUCGCGACCGUCCCAGGACAAGCGGGUCCAACUCGAGGCCAUUUUCCUGAAGUCGGUGGGAGAAUCCUUACCUCGAGAAGGAUGGGUCGAACUGAUGUGCUUGCUCGUUGGCAAACCGCGAGCUGCCGAUCUCCUGAAGGAACUUGGCAACACGCGCGAAAUCAGUGUCAGCGACUUCCUGGAUCUUCUUUUUGACAAGGUGCCAGCAAGCGUGACCGGCAUGCAUCAGAACGAAAAACCUCAGGCUACGAGUACCGAGGCUGCGCAGCUGGGGACUGCGCAGGCGUACGCAGCGCUGCCCACCCAAGAGCUCCACCAAGAACUGCCCCCGCCAUUCGCCCCCGAGCUCCACGGGGAGUCGCCGGAAGUACAGGCCGAGUUGGACGAAGCGGCGCCCAAGCUGCUGAGCACAGAGGAUGCGGAGGCUGGAGAGAAAGAGCUCUGA